AUGAGCCUAGAUAGUAUGGAGAUGGAAAGAGAAAAUGCUAAUGCUUUGUUGGUACAAAGUACACCAAAGCCUUCAAAAGUUCAAAAACAUAAUAAUAAACCAUUUCAGUGUCCCUUUAAAAAGGGGAAAAUAAUGAACUCUAUAGAAAGUUGUUUAGAUAAAUCAAUUAAGUUAAAAAUGGAUAAUAAUACUAAGAACACAUAUUCUUCUAAAAAUGCCCUUUCUAUAAAAAUUGAAGAAUUAAAACAAGCCUUGAUUAUUUUGAAUAAGUAUGAUAAAGAAAUAAAUACUAGAAAACUUACACAAAAAUGGAGGUGUAUAACACAGGCAGCAAUGUCAUAUAUUUUGAAUAUGACUCUCUGUAAAAUUGAUAAAAUAGGUGGCUAUCAACAGUUGAGAAAGAAAGAAUUUGAUUUACAAAAAAAGAGACUUGAAUACAUGAUGGAUGAUUCUAUGCAAGAUGAAAUUGAUACAGUAGUUGAAUCAGAAGACUUCAAAUCAUUGCCUAUUGAUGAUCAAGUAGAGUAUAAAAAAAUGAUGGACGAGCGAUUAAAGGAUUUUCAGAUCCAUAAACAAAAUGAAUUACAAAAACUAGAAAAACAAAUGAAUGAUACCACAAGUAAUGAGAUGGAUAUGAAAGAAUUAGCAGAUCGUCUUAAAAUUGAUUAUAAAAUGGUAUUUGAUAUUUGUGGUUGA